AUGUUUGUUAGUAGUGGAUUGGGCUUUGUAUUUUUUUUUUUUUUCAGUCUUUGUUCUACCUGUUUAAACUGUAGUCACCAGUUUCAUUAUCAAUACCAACACACAUAUAUAUAUACACUGUUUUCUCUUCCACACAUUUUUCCUUUUUUUUAUAACUUUCAUUUGCAAAUUUUUUUACCAUUCCUUUAUUCAUUUCCCUUUCUCUUGAUUUCCCUUCUCCUCCUACCUUUUGUAUUUCCUUGUUUCAUUUUUUUUUCCCCGUCUUGUUUUAGAUUAUUCUCAAUUACAUUUUUGUUUAAGAAAAGAAACAACAACAACAACAAAUUCCUUACUUCCAAUUCAUUCACUAAUUUAUUCACUCACUUACUACAUUUCAUUUAUAUUCAAAAUUGUAUCCAUUUCAAUUCAGUUUUAGUUGUUUUUUAUUUGAUUUGCUUCUCCUACCCAACUUACAAUCAACCGAUCAACUAA